UCCGGCAAAGAAAACUGCAAAUUUUCUCGACUUUUCCCAGGAAGUCAAAACCACUCAGAUCCAUUUUCACCCAUGAAGGACAAGAGAUUCCUCUCAAUUCCUAUUUUCUCUGUUUUUCUAUUGCUGGGUUUCGUAUAUUACGUCACAGUAUUCGUUUUCAUAGAGGAUUGGGUGGGGUUGCAGACCUCGCCGGGUUUUUUGAACGCUUUGAUCUUCACUUUCUUGGCUUUUCUCUCUCUUUUCUCUUUAUUCGUAUGCGUUUCCUCCGACCCAGGGCGUGUUCCACCAAGCUAUGUUCCUGACGAUGAAGAGAGUAACGUUUCAGAUCAAGAAACCAAGAGAAAUGGUGCACAAUUAAGGCAUUGUGACAAAUGUUGUAUCUACAAGCCUCCCAGGGCUCAUCAUUGCCGUGUUUGUAGAAGGUGUGUUUUAAGGAUGGAUCACCACUGUUUGUGGAUAAACAAUUGUGUUGGUUAUUGGAACUAUAAGGCCUUUGUGAUGCUUGUCUUAUAUGCAACUAUUGGAAGCAUCCACUCUACGGUCAUACUUGUAACCUGUGCACUGCAAAGGGAUUGGGAUUUUAGUGGAAGGGUUCCUGUCAAGAUCUUUUAUUUUACCUUUGGUGCUAUGAUGGUUACCUUAAGCUUGACAUUGGGAACUUUCUUAGGUUGGCACAUCUACCUUCUCACUCAUAAUAUGACAACUAUAGAGUAUUAUGAAGGAAUUCGGGCAGCAUGGCUGGCAAAGAAAUCUGGGCAGAGCUAUCGUCAUCCAUUCAACGUUGGUGUUUACAAAAAUAUUACCUUGGUAUUAGGUCCAAACAUGCUCAAGUGGCUAUGUCCCUCAUCAGUAGGCCAUUUAAAAGAUGGAAUUAGCUUCCCUGUAUCACGUUAUAAUUCAUAAAUGUUUACUUCCUCCACUCAGCUUUCAGAAAUAGCGGCAUCUUGUGCUUGAUAAUUCUAGUGUAAAAGAUCUCAAUUUAUUUGGUUUAUCCUUUGAUUCUCAAGAUAAGAUCAAGUUUGAAGAGGGGAAAUUGGAUGGAAGCUGCCACAAUUCAUUCUGAAUGACCUUGGACAAAUUCUCAGCUUCAAGUAAGCGAAUUCUAAUUUGCAAACACAAAUAUCAUGGUGGGGCCUGUUAGUGAAGCCAGGUAAACAAUUGACUGUUUUUAAUAUCUGAAACACUGGGUUGUGAUGUUCUUCACACGUGAAUGAUGUUGGAAAUUGUACAUUUUGUUGUGUAAAAGGAUUUUUUUUUUUUUGUCAAGUUGUUGGUGUUUUGCAACUUGCAAUUUUUGUCUUUGCUUUGCAAACAGUAGGCAAAACAGAGACAUUUUGUAGCUUCAUGUCAUUAGGUGCAUUUUUGUGUAUAUUGUUCAUAGAGGCCGUCAAGUUGAUAAUUUUAUGCAUUUAAUGAGAACCACUUUGUCCAAAA